AUGUUGGACAUUGGGCUUCACAUCUGGUGCCAGCUAUGGGUCCCAGACCGUGCGAGCGACCCUGGUCUCCGGAGCGAGCUGCGCCUAGACGUUCUUAGCCCCAGCCCCAUAGCAAGUUCAUCGGAUUGUCCACUCUCUCAAAAAAUGUCUGAAGGGGAGUUACAGGAAGUAAUCGAGGACCACCGCAUCGCUGCGAGAAACGCCAUUGAAGCUGGGUUCGACAGUGUCGAGAUUCAAGGCGGUGGUGGAUAUUUAUCUGAUCAGUUUCCCCAGGAUCUUACCAAUAAGAGCACAGACCAUUGGGGCGGUAGCAUUAAAAACCGCGCCAGGUUCCCCCUUGAGGUUGUCAAAGCAAUCGCAUAG